UUCAGAAGAGUCUCAAGUCUUGUACUCGACAGAACAAAAAUUGAGGGCAAAGCCAAAUUAAACAGCGGUUAAUAAACAUACAUAAAUAAAAAUCUAUAUCUGUUGGAGUAUUGCCGCUACUGAGCGCCUCUGCUGCUACCUACCAAUGGCCAUGUGACGCGUGGCUGCUGCGCUGCGCAUCCGCUGCCACGAAACAGGCCAUUGCACGGCGGAGUAUCCUAGCACUGUACAAACAAGAAACAAUUCGAUCCCUUCCAGAGACUCUCCCAGUCCCAGGAGUCAAGGCAAACAUGAGCGCGGCUUCUCUCCCGACCGGCCAGGAGCCGGAGCCGCAGCCGCACGCAGUGUGCGUGCCGUUCCCGACGCAGGGCCACAUCACGCCGAUGCUGAAGCUGGCCAAGAUCCUCCACGCCAGGGGCUUCCGCGUCACCUUCGUCAACACCGAGUACAACCACCGCCGCCUCGUCCGCUCCCGCGGCGCCGCCGUCGCGGGCCUCACGGCGUCGUCGUCGUCGUUCCGCUUCGCCACCAUCCCGGACGGCCUGCCGGAGUCCGACGCCGACGCCACGCAGGACCCGGCGACCAUCAGCUACGCCACCAAGCACAACUGCCCGCCUCACCUCCGAAGCCUGCUCGCCGGGCUGGACGGCGUGACGUGCGUCGUCGCCGACAACCUCAUGAGCUUCGCCGUCGACGCCGCCAGGGACAUGGGCGUGCCGUGCGCGCUCUUCUGGACCGCCAGCGCCUGCGGCUACAUGGGCUACCGCAACUUCCGCCUCCUCAUCGACAUGGGCAUCAUCCCCUUCCAAGACGAAGAGCAGCUGACGAACGGGUUCAUGGACAUGCCGGUGGACUGGGCGCCAGGCAUGAGCAAGCACACGCGGCUCAAGGACUUGCCGACCUUCCUCCGCACCACGGACCCCAACGACGUGCUGCUGAACUUCCAGCUACAGGAGGUGGAGCGCUCCGAGUACGCGUCCGCCGUCGUCGUCAACACCUUCGACGAGCUGGAGCAGCCGGCGCUCGACGCCAUGCGCGCCGUCAUCCCGGCGGUAUACACCAUCGGCCCGCUCGUCUCCGUCACGGAGCAGGUCGUCGUCGUCCGCAGGGAUCCCCGCCUCGACGCGGUGAGCUGCAGCCUGUGGCGGGAGGACCAGUCCUGCCUCGCGUGGCUGGACGCCAGGAAGCACCGGCCGCGGUCGGUGGUGUACGUGAACUUCGGGAGCAUUACGGUGAUGACCGGGCAGGAGAUGGCGGAGUUCGCGGCGGGGAUGGCGAGCAGCGGCCACGACUUCCUGUGGAUCGUCCGGCCGGACGCCGUCAAGGGCGACACCUCCUCCUCGGCGGCGGCGCUGCCACCGGGGUUCCUGGAGGCGACCCCCAAGGGCAGGGGCCUCCUGGCGAGCUGGUGCGACCAGGAGGCCGUGCUGCGGCACGAGGCGGUGGGCCUGUUCCUGACGCACAGCGGGUGGAACUCGACGCUGGAGAGCCUCGCCGCCGGGGUGCCGAUGCUGUGCUGGCCGUUCUUCGCGGAGCAGCAGACCAACUGCCGGUACAAGUGCGUCGAGUGGGGCGUGGCCAUGGAGGUCGGCGGCGACGUGCGGCGGGAGGCCGUGGAGGCGAGGAUACGGGAGGCGAUGGGUGGGGACAAGGGGAAGGAGAUGGCGCGCAGGGCGGCGGAGUGGAAAGAGGCCGCCGCGGGGUCGGCGGCGAGGUCGCUCGCGAACCUCGACAGGCUCAUCAACGAUGUGCUGCUCUCUCCGGCACGAUUGGGCGGCUCACUCAAAAUGGCUUGAAUGAUGGAUGGCCCUGAUCAAACUUUGACGAUGCUGAGCGAUGGAUGAACGAUGAUGAGAUCAUCUACCGGCUGUAGCGAGAGUCUGGAAAUGAAAUGGUUGUGUUUUUUUGGGGGGUAGCGCCAAUUUCGCGACUUUUGUGACCGAGUGAUGUAUGCCUUUGGAAAGAUAGCGUUCCCCUUUCGUCGCCUUGCACGGUAGUUAGACCAUUUCCAAGAGCUCCUUAAAACAAGAGUUUAAUUUGUUUUUCUCUAAAAAAAGGGUCUCAAACAUUAUUUGUUAAGAAACAAGACUUUAAAAACAUUAUUAAUGCAUUUCGAUUUAUCCCUCC